AUGGCGGAGGCGCCGGCACCCUCGAGUCCCGGGGCUGGGGGCAGUCACGAGAGUGGCGGCGAUGGCAGCCCUCGGUCGAAUGUGCGGGAGCAGGAUCGCUUUCUUCCAAUCGCAAAUAUAAGCAGAAUCAUGAAGAAGGCGAUUCCGGCGAACGGUAAGAUUGCCAAGGACGCGAAGGAAACCGUGCAAGAGUGCGUCUCUGAGUUCAUCAGCUUCAUAACCAGCGAGUAAGUGGUGUAUUAUGCUUGUUCUUUUACCCCUCCCAUAUCGUUCCAACGUCUCUUAUUGCUAUUUUUCGUUGCAUCCCUAUUAGUUUCUUCUCACAUCUCAUUUUUCCUCUUUUUCUAUAUGUUUUUUAAUUCCGAUCUCAAUUCAGGGCGAGCGACAAGUGCCAGCGAGAAAAGCGCAAGACAAUAAAUGGCGACGAUCUGCUUUGGGCCAUGGCCACGCUAGGGUUUGAGGAUUACAUCGACCCAUUAAAAAACUACCUGCAGAAGUAUAGAGAGGUAUUCUUUUUUUGGCGAAAGUAUAUCUCGCCAAUGUCGUUUUAG